AUGCCCGAAGACGAGAUGCCCAAGGAAGUUGCUUACCGCAUGAUCAAAGACGAGCUGAGCCUGGAUGGCAACCCCAUGCUCAAUCUCGCCUCCUUUGUCACCACGUACAUGGAGGAAGAAGCUGAAAAGCUCAUGACCGAGUGCUUGCCCAAGAACUUCAUCGAUUACGAGGAAUACCCACAGACGGCCGAUAUCCAGAACCGUUGCGUCUCCAUGAUUGGCCGCCUCUUCCAUGCUCCUGUGAAAGACUCCGAAGCCGUCGGCGCCGUCGGAACCUCGACUGUUGGCUCGUCCGAGGCCAUCAUGCUCGCCGUCCUUGCCAUGAAGAAACGCUGGAAGAACAAGCGCAUCGCCGAGGGCAAGCCCCAUGACAAGCCGAAUCUGAUCAUGUCAUCCGCCGUCCAGGUGGUCUGGGAAAAGGCCACUCGCUACUUCGAGGUGGAAGAGAAGCUCGUCUAUUGCACGCCCGACCGCUACGUCAUCGAUCCCCAGGAGACAGUAGACCUGGUGGACGAGAAUACCAUUGGUAUCUGCGCAAUUCUCGGUACAACCUACACCGGCGAGUAUGAAGAUGUCAAGGCAGUCAACGACUUGCUCGUGAAGAAGGGGUUGGAUACACCCAUCCAUGUGGACGCUGCCAGUGGAGGUUUUGUUGCACCCUUCGUCGUGCCGGAUCUGGAAUGGGACUUCAGGCUCGAGAGAGUCGUGUCCAUCAACGUUUCUGGCCACAAGUACGGCCUCGUAUAUCCCGGUGUCGGCUGGGUCGUCUGGCGUUCCGCCGAAUACCUCCCCCAGGAGCUUGUCUUCAACAUCAAUUACCUCGGUGCCGACCAAGCCUCCUUCACCCUGAACUUCUCCAAAGGCGCAAGCCAGGUCAUUGGCCAGUACUAUCAGCUCAUCCGUCUCGGGAAGCACGGAUACCGCGCCAUCAUGUCCAACCUGACGCGCACAGCUGAUUACCUUGCCGAGUCGCUUGCCGCUCUUGGCUUCAUCAUCAUGUCCAAGAAGUCCGGUGAAGGCUUGCCUCUGGUCGCAUUCCGUCUCAAGGGGGACCCAGACCGCAACUAUGAUGAGUUUGCUCUUGCCCAUCAGCUUCGUGUACGUGGAUGGGUUGUUCCCGCAUACACCAUGGCGCCCAAAACAGACGGGCUGAAGAUGCUCAGAAUCGUCGUCAGGGAGGACUUCUCCAGGAACAGGUGUGAUGGCCUUAUCAACGAUAUCAGGUUGUGCCAAGGUCUUCUUGAGCAGAUGGACAAGGACAGUAUCAAGAAACAGCAGGAGUUUAUCCACAAGAACCAUGUGACGAGCGGAAAGGCGUCGCACAACCAUCCCAAGUAUCGCGUAAGUGCCGCAACAAGAAGGAGAAACACUCAUUGCAGGGCAAGACGGGGAAGACGCACUCUAUCUGCUGAGUCUUUUUCGUCGAGGUCUGAUUCUGGAUCUGACGCUGGGUCUGAAUAUGACUCAGGGUCUGGUUCUGAUAUCGAUGAAUACUACAAGGAGAACCACGAGGGGCAGGAUCUUGAACGCGAGAAGUGUCCGUUAUGUCGGAGCGCGUCUGAGGUUCAAAGGAAAGGAGAAGAAGAGGGCAUAGGCGAUUCAGAUUCCGCCACCGACGAUGGGACACUCGUUCUUGGGGAGAGAUAUAGUCGAUCAAACGACCGAUCUACCGAGUCACCAGCAGCAUCCACGACUGCAAGGACGGCCUACAAUCAUCUGACCUUGUCAAGGCACUGUGGUCGGAAGGCAAUGGCUCGCGGAAGGAAGCAGCGUCAGGGAAAGGAUGCAGGCCAGACUUUCAGUCUUGAGCUCCCUAGUGGGAAGAAGUUACUUACCCUCCGUAUCGGAGCUUAG